ACCGAAAGCGCCCGUCAGUGAGUGAGUCAGAAUCAUUACUGUUGCCGUGAGCUGUUGACAUUGAAGCUUUCUGUUCAUGAAUACAACAAAGCUGGACGACUUUUACGCGCGCUAAUAACAUGUCAGCGAUCGUUCCCGCCGCGCGUAAAGCAACGGCUGCAGUGAUAUUCCUCCACGGUCUGGGAGACACAGGGUAAACCGUAUCACGCUUAUGUGUCAUGAUUGAAUGCAGUCUCGAUGAAGUUUUUGACCAGAUUGUGCUCUCCUCAGACACGGAUGGGCUGAAGCUCUGGCGGCCAUCAGGGCUCCUCAUGUCAAGUACAUCUGCCCUCAUGCUCCAGCCGGUGUCCCUCAACAUGAACAUGGCGAUGCCUUCCUGGUUUGACAUUAUUAGCCUCCACCCUGAUGCUGAAGAGGACGAAUCUGGCAUUAAAAGAGCCGCUGAGAGCAUCAAACAACUGAUCGAUGGAGAAGUGAAGAACGGGAUCCCGUCUCACAGGAUUGUGUUGGGAGGCUUUUCUCAGGGUGGAGCGCUCUCUCUCUACAGCGCGCUGACGGCGCGGCAGAAGCUAGCGGGUGUCGUAGCUCUUAGCUGCUGGCUGCCCCUCAGGAACUCGCUCUCACAGUCAGGGGUCAGUAAUCGGCAGAUGUCGGUGCUGCAGUGUCACGGGGACGCGGAUCCGCUCGUUCCUCCGCUCUUCGGCCGACUCGCUGUGGAGAAGCUCAAGACGAUCCUCGACCCGGCCAACAUCAGCUUCAGGACCUACCCUGGGCUUCCUCACAGCGCCUGUCCCGAGGAAAUGAUGGACAUCAAGCAGUUCAUUGAGAAGCAGCUUCCCCCAAUCAACCAGUGAACACACACACGUGAAUCAUGACGCUGAUCUUCUGUAAAUGUAUUCACAAUUGAAAAUGUAUUAAAGUUUGAUUUAUUUUAAAUGCAAUGAAUUAAAAUAAGACUUUUUCCACAUUUAUAUUUUUUUGAGUACAUUAACUUUUUAUGUAUAAUUUGAUUUUUAUCAAAAUGUGGAUUGUAUUAUUUUUUAUUAUAGUCAUGUGGAUUUUUGUGAAUGUUUUGAAUGAAAGAUUAGAGGAGAAAUAGCACAAACUAUUAUUUACCCAGCGAACCCCCUAUAUAUAUAUCACUUUGACUGCCAGCGUUGUUUAAUUGUGUUUGUAAUUAUGUUUUUUACACUGAUUUUUCGUGAAGUAAAUACUACUGAAAAAAACAACAAUG